AAAGGAUGUAUUGCGCAACAGCGCUAAUUCUUUGGACGGUCGCCGUCUAUCAGACGGUGACAUUUUCGAAUGCAGCAGGAUGUUCAACAAAGGCAGACGUAACAUUCGUUUUAGAUUCCUCAGAUACAGUCGGACAAACAAACUUUGCAAAACAAUUAAACUUUGUUAAGAAUACAGUGAACAAUUUAGAUGUAGGUAGAGACAAAGUACGCAUCAGUACUGUGACGUUUAGUUCGGGUGUUCAUAAUCAGUUUUUCUUGAACAAUUAUGACACCAAGGCAAACGUGAUGAAUGCUGUCUCCGGGAUUCAAUAUCUUCCCGGAAGUACAGACACUUCAGAUGCGUUAAAAUACGUCACACAAACCUCGUUUACCCCACAACAUGGGGGUAGAGGUGGUAUACCACACAUUAUGGUAUUGGUGACAGAUGGGCCAUCAUUGACAAGGGACAUAACCAAACUUCAAGCACAAACAGCCAAAGACAACAACAUUGCGAUCUACACUGUUGGAGUUGGCCAUGGUAUUGACAUGGAUGAACUAAAGUCCGUCUCAAGUGAUCCAAACUCACGCUAUCUCCUCACAGCUGACAACUACGAUUCACUUGGCAGUCUUUCAGAAUUACUGGCAACAAAAAUGUGCAAUGAGGUUCCCGGCGCAAAUGUAUUGCCUCCAGCAACAGGUUGUUUACAGAAAGCCGAUGUGGUCUUCAUGGUGGAUUCAUCUAGCACUGUAGGAAACCUCAACCUAGAAAAAACAGAAAACUUCAUCAAAAACUUCGUAACAAAAUUAAAUGUUGGCAAAAACGCUGUUCAUGUAGGACUCGAACAAUACGGAAGCCGUCCAUCAUCUGAAUUUGCUCUACGCAUGUACGACAACAGAUAUGAUGUACUGAAGGCUAUUCAUGGAAUGCAGUUAAUGGGAGGUGGUACCAACACAGGAGAUGCUAUUGAAUUUGCCAAAACCACGAUGUUUUCACCCGCGGCUGGUGCCAGAUCUAACGUACCAAGAAUAGCAAUAAUGGUGACCGACGGUGGUACUUCAGAAACCACUGCUGCCAUUAAUCAAGCUAAUGAGGCAAGACUUGCCCAUGUCAGUAUGAUUGGAGUUGGUGUUGGUGGUUUGGUCAAUAUAAAUGAACUAAACAGUAUAGCUGAUAAGCCGUCUGCUAGUCACGUGAUCACAGUAAGAAAUUACGACGAAUUAGAAAGCAUCUCUAACCAACUAAUGACUAUGACAUGCGGAGUUCAAACAAGUAUCAACUUUUUCCAAAAUUACACUUCUUGCACUGAUAAAGUCAAUAACUGUCAGGAAUAUGGAUCCAAAGUAUGCACUGUCUACAAACAAUGGUCAGAAGUAAACUGUCGAGCCUUCUGUCAAAUCUGUUCAUACAAAUACUCUGUAACCGAGACAUGUGUUGAUCAACUGUCAAACUGUGCCACUUAUGGUAAAACUUCCUGUACAUCGUACAAACAAUGGGCUCAGGACAACUGUAAACAAUAUUGUGGAUUCUGCACUUCUGCAGCACUAACUGGUGGAUUUUACAACCGAUGCGCUUACAAAGGAAAAUCAUACAGCCCCGGACAAAAAUGGUAUGAUGGCUGUGAUUAUGAAUGUGUCUGUCAAGAUGGAGCCACUGGACAUUACCAAUGUUAUAAUAGGUGCCCAGUAUACUACAACCUACCAUCAAUGUGUACUCUUGUCAGAAAACCAGGAGAAUGUUGUUUACAACCUGUCUGUAAUUUUAAACCAGCCAUUCAGAAAUUUGAAUCAUCAGGGAAAGGACAAAACCAAUUUGGAAUUGAUGUUUGUGUAUACAAGGGAAAACAAUAUUACCAAGACCAGAGCUGGACUGACGGAUGUGACUACCAGUGCACAUGUACUGCUGCUAAAACAGGUCUCUACCAGUGCGAACAAUUAUGUCCAUCCUUUUCUGUUCUCCCUCAGAUCUGCCAUUUAGAACAGACACCAGGACAAUGUUGUAAGAAACCAGUCUGUGAAUUUACCCAACAAGCUGGUACCUUCUCUGGUAAUGGAAUGAUCAGUGGAAGUGGAGUCAACCUUCAGGCACCAUUUUCUGGACCUUGUCUUGACCUGGUAACAUGUUCCAACUAUGGUAGUGAUGUGUGUACAACAUACAAGGACUGGGCCAUGAAAAACUGCAAAAAUACAUGCAACUUCUGUCCAAGCUCACAAGUUUCAGGACCAAAUGAUCGUUGUGUAUAUGACGGAAAAUCAUUCAAACAGGGAGAAGUCUGGUCACCAAAAUGUGACGAGAGAUGUUCCUGUGAAAAUGCUAAAUAUGGUUAUUACAGAUGUGUCAAUACAUGUCCCUCCUAUACUAACUUACCAUCAGGCUGUAAUCUGAACAAGAGAAAUGGUGAAUGUUGUCUCAAAGUACAGUGUACCAAUGGAGUGUUCUUACAAUCUGCCACCAGUAGCUACUCCCUGGGAGGUGGAGGAGGAAUUCAAAUCAUCAGUCAGAAUGGAAAUGUCUUCCCCAUACCUACACUUGCUGGGGGUUACGUCCAAGGAGGAGGAUCUGGAACAGGAAUGCUCCCACCCACAAUAGAUGGAUGUCUUUAUAAUGGUCAAGUUUACUCACAAAAUCAGGCAUGGAUGGACGGAUGUUCAAAAUACUGUGUUUGUGUUGAUGCUACUAAAGGUCAAAUGUCAUGCAGAGCAAGAUGUCCAAAAUACACAAACAUGUCACCAACAUGUGUCAUGAGCACCGAUACUAACGAUCCAUGCUGCUCAGCUCCAAAAUGUACUUUUGAUGCAAAUUUGGGAAGAGUACCUCAACCACUUCCUGCUUUUGGCCAGUCUGCACUGUCUUACUCAGUAGUCUCCCCUAACACAGGAGCAAGCCAACACAAUGGUUAUGGAAAGACAGUCAUCCCUCUGUUUAACACAGCUUUCACACCAGCACCCCCAACUGUUGAUCCUGGAAAAAUGUCAGCUGGAGGAGACUGUGACUACGGAGGAAAACGAUACAACGUUGGACAGAAAUGGGAUGUAGGAUGUCAGUAUAACUGUAUUUGUGAUGAUGGAACAGCUGGUCAUUACACAUGUGUAGAAAAGUGUGUUCACUACUCCAAUCUACCACAAGGUUGUUUCCUCAUUCAAGAUGUAGAUAAUCCAUGUUGUAAGGUUCCAAGAUGUUCUGUACCUCCACAAUACGAAAUUGUCACAGGAGUAAGAACAACACCAUCAGCAAGAACUGGAGUAUGUACAUACAAAGAGCAAUACUAUCAACAAGGACAAACUUGGUAUGAUGGCUGCAGUUACAGAUGUACAUGUGAAGAUGCUGAGAAAGGCAUUUACAGAUGUCUCAGUCGUUGCCCUGAAUAUCCACUGAGUCAUGGGUCAGAGUGCACACUGGUAUCUGAUCCACGUGACCCCACAUGUUGUCAAAUGAGAGUAUGUGGAAUUAAAAAUGGAACAUCAGGAAACAAUUCACCAAAUCCAACUCCAGCUAGAGUUCCACCUGCAGUAUACCAUGGAAUAGAAACUAAUUUCCAAGGAAAGAGUGGUGUAUGUAUUUACAAAGGUCAGGCAUAUAAACAAGGAGAUAUCUGGGAAGAUGGUUGUGAUUAUACAUGUACAUGUGAAGAUGAAAUAAAGGGAGCAUACUCAUGUACAGACAGAUGCCCAGUAUACAUCAAUCUGCAACCUGGUUGUGAGAUGGUGAGAGACUUCAGUAAUCCAUGUUGUAAGAAGCCACAAUGUACAGUGACCGGACCCCCACCUACUCGUAUCUACCAUAAUGUACCAAAUCUACCAGUAACAUUGAAACCAGAGCUACAAUAUUGUGUCUUCAAGGGAGUGAGCUACUUACAAGGCCAGGAAUGGGAAGAUGGAUGCAGUUUCAAGUGUCGAUGUGACGACUCAAGCAGAGGAAUAUACACUUGUAAUCAGAGAUGUGCCUCAAUUGACCAAAAUAUUCAAGCUGGCUGCACAUUGAGGACAGAUCCUAGAGAUUCUUGUUGUCUGGCACAGUUCUGUGUACAAACUACACCAGUACCUCAACCAGGAGUAUCCUAUGGACCAACACCAGUACCAACACUCAAACCAAACACGUUUACAGGAAAGGUCUAUCUACCAACACCUUCACCAAUUCCAGGACAACCAACACCAACUCCCGGUCAAUUAGGUGUCUGCAUAUACAAAGGUCGUCAGUAUUCUCAAGGUCAAACAUUUGAAGAUGGAUGUGACUUUGAUUGUGUUUGUUUCAAUGCAAAUGAAGGAAAAUACAGAUGUUCUCCAAAAUGCCCAGUCUACACAGAUAUCCCUAACACCUGCAGACUGGUCAAGAAUCCAAGAAAACCAUGUUGUCAAAUACCUGAAUGUUACAACUUACCUACCCAAAACCCAACCGGUCAACCAACACCAAGCCCAACCCCAUACACUGGUCAACCAACACCAAGUCCAACUCCAUACACUGGUGGUCCAACACCAUACCAUGGCCAACCAACACAAAGUCCAACACCAUACCAUGGUCCACCAACACCAAGUCCAAAACCAUACACUGGUCAGCCAACACAACCUCCACAUAUAACACCACAACAUAUUCCACAAAGGACAGUUCAACCAACACAAAGACCAACUCCACAACCACAACCAACACAGCCAAUAAAUGUAUGUGUUUAUAAGGGUAUUGCCUACUCCCAGGGACAACAGUGGUACGAUGGAUGCGAUUACUCUUGUGUAUGUGAAGAUGGCAUUACUGGAGUAUAUAGAUGUAACAAUAGGUGCCCUACAUUUGCACAACAGUCCGAUCCAACCUGUACAUUACAGCCAGACCCCACAGACCCACUAUGUUGUAAAGUUCCUGUGUGUACACCAAAACCAGGUCAGACACCACCACCAGGUCAAACGUUCCCACCAUACCAGACACAACCACCAAAGAUAUUCUCUGGUGGAGUCGCUACUCCUGCUCCAACACCUAGAACCACUCAAAGACCCAAUAUUAAUGUUAGACCCAAUGUGACACCAACAUUCUAUCCACCAAUUACCAGGACCUAUAUGCCAGGAGAAACUCCAGCACCCACACCUUAUCCAUUACCUACACAACCAAAACUAUCAACACCAUCACCACUACCAACGGUAACUCAACCACCAAUAUAUAAAACCAAUUAUUGUAUAUACAAGAGUAAAACCUACAGCAAGGGCCAGAAAUGGCAAGAUGGCUGCCAGUUUGAUUGUAUGUGUCUAGAUGAUCUAGGAAACUACAGAUGCACAGAAAAGUGCCCAACAUACUCUAAUCUCCAACCAGGAUGUAGAUUGAUCAUGGACUAUUCCAAUCCUUGUUGUCAGAAACCAUACUGUCCACCACCAACCUCUCCUAAUCCUCUCACCCUAACACCACCAACACCUAAAGUCUUUGUUUCAACACAAAAACCAACAUACUGUGUAUACAAUGGAGUACAGUUUAAACAAGGUCAGACCUGGAAUGAUGGCUGUGAUCUUCGUUGUAUCUGUGAAAACUCUAUGACAGGCUUCUACAGAUGUGAUGAUAGAUGUCCACAAUGGCCCCAGUUACCACAAGGAUGCAGUCUAACAACAGAUCCCAAUGAUGUUUGUUGUAAGAAACCAAUUUGUACACCAGAUGUCAUGACACCUCCUACAUUAUAUGUACCAACACCGAAUCCAACAUCAUAUCCCAACCAACCAACUCCAUCUCCACAACCAACACAACCGCCAACACCGUAUACCUUUACACUACCAACUCCAAUCAAAACAGGAUACUCAGAGAAUUGUAUGUACAAAGGAGUUGCUCAUACUCAAGGACAGAAAUGGGAUGAUGGAUGUUCACUGGAGUGUGAAUGUAUGGAUCAGAUGACAGGAAGAUACAGGUGUUCCAGCAAAUGUCAAGAUUACUCUAACUUCCCAAGACCAUCUUACUGCCAUCUGGUGUCAGAUCCACGAAACCCAUGCUGCAAAGUAGUACAGUGUAAUCCAGUCGUCACCCCUCAACCAACACCACAACCCACACCAGGACCAACACUACGACCAAAUCAACCAACUGUAUCACCACCAUUAGGACAAACAAACCCACCAUAUACUGGACAACCAACAAUAAAACCACCAGUAGUGGUAACCCAAGCUCCACAUGUUAAUCCUGCUCAAACACCAGUACCAAAUCCACAAUUUACUCAACCAACCCCAUCUCCAACACCACAUGUUUGUGUAUACAAGGGUGUACCAUACACACAAGGACAACAAUGGUACGAUGGCUGUGACAAAGUGUGUAUUUGUGAGAACGGCAUGACAGGUUAUAUCCGAUGUCGUCAGAGAUGCACAACUUAUGAUACUAUUGCUGCAGGCUGUACAAUGGUACCAGAUCCAAAUGACCCAGUCUGCUGUCAGAUACCAUCAUGCAUUCCUCAAAAUCAAACCCCAGGACCUUCUGGAUCACCAGUGAUAUUCACAGCCCCAACAGGCAAAGUUACAGGCUAUGGUACUGUUACACCACAACCAACACCUGGACCAACAUUUAGACCAAACGUUGUCAACACACUAGCACCAAACCCACUUAACACAUUACAACCAGGACAACCAGGAACUCAGAGCCCACAAAUUGGUGUAACAUUUAAUCCAACUCCAAGUACCAAAGCUCCUACACCAGCACCAAGGCCAAAUUAUUGUGUAUACAAUGGUGUUCAGUACAAGACUGGACAGAAAUGGCAAGAUGGCUGCAAAUAUAACUGUGUAUGUGAAGAUGGUAUGACUGGAUUUUACACUUGUAGUGAAAGAUGUCCAACUUUCCCAGCUGCUUUACCACCAACCUGUUCCCUUACACAAGAUUCCAAAGAUUUCUGUUGUAAAACUGUUGUGUGUGAUUCAAGGAAGACAACUCCAUUUGUGCCCUAUGUUGAACCAACUCAAGCACCAACAUACAAUCCAUUGGCUCCAUCUACUCCACCGGCCACAUAUCGCCCAAAUCAAAAGUUUACAUUGAGUCCAAAUCCAACUCCACCAGCUUUCUGUGUCUACUAUGGUGUUCCAUACAAACAGGGUCAGACCUGGGACCAAGGUUGUGAGAAGAGAUGUCGAUGUGAUGAUGCUACUAACAAUUAUUACACAUGUUUUGACAGAUGUCCUUCAUACCCCAACCUACCAUCAGGUUGUACAAGAACAACAGAUCCUAACGAUGUUUGUUGUCAGAUACCAUUCUGUCCAUCACAAGCACCACAUCAAACACCACCAAACAAUCCAGUCACCUACUCACCACAGUUCCCAUACACUGGUGCACCUACACGGGCCCCAACACCAUACACAGGUGUUCCAACUCAGACACCAUCACCAACACCGUAUACAGGACAACCAACACCAAAACCAACACCAUACACAGGAGUACCAACACUGGCACCAUUUGCAACAACACCUAGAUACCAAAUACCAACAUUACCUGUUGGGGUCAUCGUAGGUGGCAGUCCCAGUCCAAAUCCACAAAUGGGAUUUACAAAUGCUCCCUCUAAAUAUUGUGAAUACAAAGGAGUAAGAUAUACAACUGGACAGAGAUGGAGAGACGGUUGUGAUUACAACUGUGUGUGUGUUGACGGAAUGUCGGGCGUCUACCAAUGUAGUCAGAGGUGUCCAAAAUUCCCCCAGUUACCAGCAGGAUGUAUUAUGGUAACUGACCAGAAUGAUGCCUGUUGUCUUGUACCAGAUUGUCCUAAAACACCUGCACCAACUUAUAUACCAACAUUAGGCCCACAUGGAGAAACCGUCAACCCCACACCUACACCUGGACCAGGAGUAGUAACACCAUCACCACAGCCUACAAGGACCGUCCCAUUCUUACCAAAUCCUAAUGAAGUGUGUGUAUACAAGGGUAAAGCAUACACUCAAGGACAAGCAUGGUAUGACGGCUGUGACAUGAAAUGUGUGUGUGUCAAUGGAAUGACAGGAGUUUAUUCUUGCUCACAGAGAUGUUCUCAGUAUGAUCAGAAUCCUAACUGUGUUUUGAUUCCCGAUCCAUCUGAUCCAGAGUGUUGUAAGAAACCACAAUGUACAUCCCAGAACACAAACCCACCUGUAAUCGUUGGAACAAAUCCACCACGUCCACCAGUAUACCUCACAUUUGGUCCAGGUCAAACCAUCAAUGGUGGAACUAGACCAACAGUCCCCGCUCCAGAAGUAUGUAUUUACAAUGGAAGACAAUACAGCCAAGGGCAGAAAUGGCAAGAUGGGUGUAAAUACACAUGUGAAUGUGUCAAUGCUAAAAUAGGAAUGCACAAAUGUAUUCAGAGGUGUGCAGACAUGAGCAUGAUUCCACCAACCUGUCAAAUGAAGUAUAAUCCAAUGGACCCAUGUUGUCCAUUACCAGACUGUCCAAGUCUGUACGUCACUCCAAUACCUGGAACCAACAGAACCAUCCAACCACCAACUCUCAAUCCUCUCAUGCCACAACCUAAAUACUGUGUAUACAACGGUGUACCAUACACACAAGGACAAACAUUCAAUGUGGGUUGUGAAAAGAGAUGUAUUUGUGAUGAUGCAUCAACAGGACAUAUAAAUUGCAACGAUCGAUGCCCUACUUAUCCACCAUUGAAAGAUGGUUGUCAGCUAUUGACUGAUCCAAGUGACCAGUGUUGCCAGGCUCCAUUAUGUGUUGAUACCAACCCUAAGACUCCAUUCCAAGUCAUCACGGCUCCAAAGGGAUCCUUUACUGGAGGCAAUCAACCUCAAGUUGGACCAAAUAGUCAAAUACCACAUCUAACUACUGGAAAAGCCUGUGCAUACAAUGGACAGAUAUACAGACAAGGACAGAAAUGGAAGGAUGGCUGUCUAUUUGAAUGUGAAUGUUUUGAUGAAUCUACAGGAAGAUACAGAUGUACUGAAGUAUGUCCAAGACAUCCACAAGUUCCAUCUUACUGUACAUUAGUACAAGAUCCUGACAAUAAUUGUUGCCAGGCAGUCUACUGUCCACUACAACCUACAAAUCAACCUCAACCUUACACAGGAGCACCAACACUAGCACCACUGCCUUACACUGGUGCUCCCACUCAACGUCCAACUCCAGGAAACUAUGUAACACCUAAACCUACACCAAUGUGUGUGUACAAUGGGGUGGCAUACAGACAGGGACAGCAGUGGUACGACGGAUGUGAUUUGACCUGUAGAUGUGAAGAUGCAAUGAAAGGAUACUACAGAUGUCAACAGAGAUGCAAUAGAUACGACUCAUUACCACAAGGAUGUACUUUGGUGGCUGAUCCAAGUGACCCACAAUGUUGUAAAGUACCACAGUGUCAAUUGAUCCCACAAAAUGCAACCCCUCAACCUGGAAUCUUCACCCCACCAGUACCAGUCUUUGGAUCCUUCACUGGUAGUGCUCCUAACCCAACACCACAACCCACUCCCUCUCCCACAAUGAGACUACCUAAUGGACAGAUUGUUGUUAUUACUCCUCAACCAGGACUAUCAACACAAGCACCACCGACUCCUACACCAGGUUGUUUCUACAAGGGUAGAUCAUUUACACAGGGACAGAAAUGGGCUGAUGGAUGUAAAUAUAUAUGUGAAUGUGUUAAUGAUAUGAUUGGACAGUACAAAUGUACUGAAAGAUGUCAAAACUAUCCAAACUUGCCAACUUACUGUACAUUGAUCCAGAAUCCCAAGGACAGCUGUUGUCCAGUGCCUUACUGUGACAAAGUUAACCCAACACCAUCUCUACCAGCAACCUAUCAACCAUAUGUUCCAACAACUCAUAGCCCAUUGUUUGUUAACCCAGGAACCAAUCCUCCAAUGACAGGCCAACAAACUCCAUCUCCAUUUGGAAAAGCAGGAUAUUGUGUGUACAAUGGAGUGUAUUACAGACAAGGACAGACAUGGGUAGAUGGAUGUGACAAACGUUGCCGAUGUGAUGAUGUCACCACAGGUCUCUACAGUUGUACACAGAGAUGUCCAAUAUUCAACAACAUACCUUCAACAUGCUCAUUGGUUGCCGACAAUAAUGAUCCAUGUUGUACUGUACCACAAUGUAACAUUUUCCCAAGUACUGCAAGAUACACCGGAUCAGGAACACCACCAACUACUCCCAAACAAAUGAUUAUUGUACCUACUCCAGUAAAGGGAGGUCUAACAGGGGAAGGAACUCUAGCACCAAACAAUCCUCUCUAUAACCAAUUCGCUGGAAAUGGAACAGGUUAUUGUGCCUACAAAAGUAAAAUAUACAGUCAGGGACAGAGAUGGGACGAUGGAUGCGAUUAUACAUGCCAAUGUAUUGAUGCUCUUAGAGGUCGUUACAAGUGUGAUUACAGAUGCCCACAAUACUACAAUCUACCUGCCUACUGCCACUACGAACAAGAUCCAAGUGAUACAUGCUGCAGGAAACCUAAAUGUGAUCCAAGUCAGACAGUACAACCCAAAACCACACCUUCCAUUUACAACAACCUAGGACCAAUAAUUGCACCAAACAAACCUAAACCAUUAGAUAUGUGUGUUUACAAAGACAGGACCAUACAUGCUCAGGGAUCAAGCUGGGAUGAUGGCUGUGACCUUCACUGCACAUGUGAAAAUGCCACCAUGAACAUCUACCAAUGUCAAGCCAAAUGUAAACUGUUCCAGCAACUUCCAUCUCAAUGUACAUUGGUCAGAGAUCCUGUUAACAGAUGUUGUUAUAUUCCAAGAUGUGUUGCUACGGGCACCAACAUUCCAUUGAACCCAUACUAUAACACUUACAAUGGAUCAUCUAAUGUAACACCACAACCAGGCAAACUGAACAUCAUUCCAGUGGGACAAUACAGUGUUAUAUCUGGUAACAAUUGGCAAAAACCACAAGGAUCAGUAUUCACUGGAGUAGGAGGAUUUGGAGCAUGUGUAUAUAAGAAUGUUGUGUAUAAACAAGGACAGUCUUGGGAUGAUGGAUGUGAUUAUGUGUGUACAUGUGCUGAUGCAUCCAAGGGACAAUAUAAUUGUGUAUCAAAAUGUCCACAACUUCCUAAUCCACUACCAAGCUAUUGUCAGAAAAUAUCCAUACCUGGUCAGUGCUGUGCCAAUGUAAAAUGUGACAUUCCUGGGGUAUCAUAUCAACCACCAAGUGAAAUCCUAGCUACUGCAGCACCAACCAAUUCAUUUGGAUUGAUCACUAAUAGACCAGGCAUCAUUAUGGUUGGAACCCCAAAACCAACACAAACACCUGAUUUACCAGGAAAUGGCUUCCCUAUCCUUCAACAACAAUUCUCUCAAGUUAGAGGUCAAUGUAUUUUCCACCAGAAAGCAGCCGAUGGUAAAGCAGAGAAAUACUUGGUGUAUAACCAAGGGGAAACCUGGAAAGAUGGAUGUGAAUUCAGUUGUCAGUGUAUGGAUGGAAAGACUGGAUACUACUACUGUGAUCCUUUAUGCCCUGUAUAUAACAACUUACCAUCAAACAAAUGUUACCUAUCAAGAGUUGAUGGACAAUGUUGUAACCAGCCUAGAUGUCAAUUGGACAAUGGUAAGGUAGUCAACCCACUGCAAACACAGACCAAAUAUACCAUCAUCGGAACACUGCCAAAUGGUUACACUGGAUUUGGUCCAAACUACAACUUCUCUAGUACAUUAGUGGGUGGUAACUAUCAAAGUCAAAGUGGUGGAAGAAAUGUUUGUAUAUACAAAGGAAAGAUUUACAAGCAAGGCCAACAAUGGAGUGACGGAUGUGACUUCGACUGUAGAUGUGACGAUGCUAGUAGGGGAGCCUUCAGUUGUACUCCAAGAUGUCCAACCUAUACAUCACUGCCAUCCUUCUGUGAACUUAAAAAAUCUGACCGUGACUGUUGUGCCAGACCAGUUUGUCACAAGCCACCAGUCACAUUAAUCCCACCAACAACAACGACUGCAUUACCAACACGUCCCUCAUGUUCUUGGUGUAAUGAUGCACUAGACAACUGUAAAUCUUACGGAAAAUCUGCCUGUGAAGGCGCAUAUAAACCAUGGGCUAAACGUAAUUGCAAUCAUUACUGCAACUUCUGUGAUUGUAGUGCUGCUCCAACUACAACAGUAGAUCCUUUUACUGAUCCUACAUGUGUUGACAAGUUAGAUAACUGUGCCGACUUUGGAGACGAUGCCUGCACUGGAAUAUUUCAUUCAUGGGCUCUUGAUAAUUGUCCGAGACAAUGUGGAUUAUGUUAUGAACUACAUUCAACUGUAAGUUCAAAUAGAUGUGAGGACAAACAAGCUGCAAUUUGUAGCUCCCAGAAAGAUGUUAUAUGUACAAAUGAAGCAUACAAAAUUUGGGCUGAAGACAAUUGUCAAAAGACAUGUGACCGUUGUCCAGGACAAGUAAGAACAACACCAACACCUAAAGGUUGUACAUUUAAUGGAGUUUCUUACCAACAUAGUGCUCAGUGGAAGGAUGGCUGUGACAAGAACUGUACCUGUGACAAUGGUCUCUACAAAUGUGUAGAUGUAUGUCCAAAAUAUAAAAAUCUUCCAGCAAACUGGCAGCUAGUGAAAUCUCCUGGAGAGUGCUGUCCUCAUGUUGUCAUUGGAGUUGGUGAACCUGUAUGUAAUUAUGGUGGAAAGGAAUAUAGGCAGGAUGAAACCUGGUCUGAUGGUUGUCAGUUUAGCUGUGUCUGUAAUGAUGCCAAGGCUGGUCAAUACCAAUGUAAAGAAAAAUGUCCUAAAUGGGAGCUUCCAAAAGUUUGCCACUGGAACCCAGCACCAGCGGGAAAAUGCUGUAGUCGACCAGAAUGUCCUCCACCUUAUGUUAUCACUGGUUACCCAGACCUUUAGAUGUUUCACGUUACAUACGUUCCUGUCAACUUUUAGAAUAAUUUAUAUUAAAAAGUAUUAUAGUC